UGGAUGGGGCGGGGCUGAGGCUCCCUGCUGAGGUCCCGGUCCUCCCCGCCGCGACUUAACCCCGGAAGCAGGGUGGCGGGCUCCUGUGCUGGUGCGGCGGGGGACUCCGGCGCGAGCCUCAGGUAACAGAGGAAGCAGCAAUGUUUCACUUCUUCAGAAAGCCUCCGGAAUCUAAAAAGCCCUUGGUACCAGAGACAGAAGCAGAUGGAUUUGUCCUUUUAGGAGAUACAGCUCAUGAGCAAAGAGUGGCAGCAAGAGGCAAAACUUCAGACAUAGAAGGCAGUGAGACUUUGGAGAAACCAGUUGAAGCAGAACCUACGUGUUGCAGGAGCUGGGAAGCAAACAUUGGCAAAGAAAACUCAUCCAGUGUGACUGUAGCAGGCCCCAAGAUGGAAAAUAAGUCAGGCCAGACUCUGGAAAACAGCUCAUUAAUGGCCGAGCUUCUGAGCGACGUACCCUUCACCUUGGCCCCGCAUGUGCUGGCCGUGCAGGGCACCAUCAGUGACCUUCCCGACCAGUUACUCUCCUAUGAUGUCAGCGAAAACUUAUCAAGGUUUUGUCUGUUCCACCUUGAUGGAGUCCUGAGUUCCUGCCUUUGUUUUUUGCUACUUCAUGGUUUGCCCUCUCACCAGCUUUCCAAAGAACGUUCCCUGCUUCUGCCUCAGUUGGCAUUUGUUCUCCUUACCACCUAUGUUCCCGGUUUAUGAAGAGAUCCAUAUUUCCUUUCAACCUCUCUGCCUCCCAAAGAAAAGCAUCUCAUAAUGAUAUGGAUUAUUGCUGAUAAAGCCCUUAUUUAGAAAAUCGUUGGCCACAAUACAGAUGGAAAUGUUUUACUGCUACAAAAACUGCAACUGACUCAUUUCCAAUUAGAGUGUAGGCAAAACACCUAAACAGGACUUUUAGUUCGUGAAUAUCUGUUAAUUAUUCCAACUAAAGUAGAAAACUGCCAUUGGUCCAUAAACUGUAAAGGGAAGAGGUAAAUUGUGAUAGAGCAUUUUCUGUGCCAUGGAAAAUUUAAAUCACAUUUGUUCUGAUUAGUGGCAAUACAGUUUAUUGAUUCUGUGCCAAAUCUUAAAUAUAUUUUUCACAAAGGUAGAGUGCCAUAGCAAAACUAAAUACUGUGAAUAAAGGUACAUGAAUUAUUCAAGUUUUAAUGUGUCGUGCAUGUUUGUUUAAUAUAUGUGGCAUGUCUUGAUAAAAUGUUGUUAUAUUAUUUAAAAGUUAAACGUACAUUUCUAUUGACAGAAAUAUACUUCACUUACAAAUAAUGCUACCAUAUGAGGUGAAUGAUUAAAUUAGAGCUUCACAUAGUUUUCAUAAAACAUCAGUCUAAGAAAUCUAACUUCUUUCUUACUAAGACAAAUGUGACCACUUUAUAGCAGUUUUUGUGAAAACAUAUCUUUUUUUCAAUAUCCGUGUUAAUGUACAGCCAAUGUUAAAGCCAAAUGUAAGCACGUUAUCAGUUUGUCUAUGUGUUAAAUUUCGUCUAAAGUACUUAUACAUUUCAUUUAUAUGUAUG